UGGCUAAGUCUGACUUGAUCCUCUUCCCACAGUUCGACAUGCAGAGGAUAACACUGGAAGAGCUGAAACACAUCCUCUACCACGCCUUCCGGGACCACCUAACGAUGAAGGACAUCGAGAACAUCAUUAUCAAUGAGGAGGAGAGUUUAAACGAAAACUCUGGCAACUGCCAAACAGAGUUUGAAGGGGUGCACGCCCAGAAGCAGAACAGACAGACCUGCGUCCGGAAGAGCCUUAUCUGUGCGUUCGCCAUGGCCUUUAUUAUCAGCGUGAUGUUGAUCGCGGCCAACCAGAUCCUGCGGAGCGGCAUGGAGUAG